GGCUUUUCUCUGUGCGUUCGGUUUAUUGGUUUACAUGGCUCGGUUUAUAUGGUUUUUUGGUUUGUACGGUAUUAAUACUUCGGUAAAUAUGAUACGAAAUUAAAAUACGAUUCGGUUUUGGUAUAUACCAAAUUAUUUCGAUAUAUACCAUAAUAAUGAAAGUUGACGCGAAUUUGAAAAUGACGUAAUAAUAAUUUGCAAAUUUAUGACUCAGAAUACAUACUAUUUUACACAAAUAGUAUAUAACUAUAUAUGUAAAUAGUAUAUAACUAUAUAUGUGAGUAUAUAUGCAUGCAUUGAUUCAUCUAUUGAUGAUUAUGGACGUGCUUAGCAUUUUAAAAAGAGAAAAAUGACUAUGUUACAAGAAAAAAUAUUUGUUUAGUAGGGAAUUUGACUCAUGUACAAGAAAAAUGACAACUUGUAUAGUUGCUCAUCUCAAGAAAUAUAAAUUUAUUUUUACUUCGGUUUAUUCGGUUAACCGUUCGGUUUUUCGGUAUAUAUCAUAAAAACCAAAGUUUAAAUCGGUAUGAAAAGUUUAUACCAUAUCGAAAUCAGAAAUCAUAAAAACCAUAAAAUUGGUUCGGUUCAGUUUAUUUUCGGUAUGGUUUUUUGUUCGGUUUUCGUAUGCACAGAAUGAGUGCGGCUGGCAGGGUCACUGAUCUCGAUUUGGGCCGGCUAUUUAAUCGCCACCCAGGGAUCAUUUACUACUCAGAACACCCAACGUAACGUGUGUUCCCGUUACAGUGGAAAUUCCAGGCGACGCACAGGCUUGCGCAAUGACGCUGCUCACAAGGUGUUCGACGAAAUGCCGCGCUAAGCUUAAGCCCGUGCUACACACGGAUGCCGUACUCCGCGCGCUCUCGUUGGGCGGGACUGGCAUGGGCGUCGGUACCAGAGGGGUCCACUUCGUGCCUGGUCCGGCCUCCGAGGAGGAGCAAGAGCGCGUCCCGCCGUCCCGGGGCUGGUACCCGGCCGCCUACGCCAGGCUGCUCCGUCUCGCGGGGUCGCUCCAAGGCGUCGACCUCGUAGAUGGCGACCUGCGGGACGCCGCGACAGGAUCCCUUGUCACCGAUGUGCACGCCCUCGCCCGGGUGGAGCACUUCGACGCCCUCGCGGGUGAGUUCGCCGCGACCCGGCGCGGGCCGCCGCUCAAGACGACGGCGCUGAGCUCGCUCACGAAGGUCUGCGACGUUCUCGGCGUGUCAGCGCAGCGGCGGAAGAACGUGCGGCUGACGGUCUGCCCGCAGGUGACGCAGCACCACGUCUGGCGCGGCGCGCUGGAGGAGGUGCUCAGGGACCUUCGAGCAGACAUGGGCGCGCUGGAGCCCCCGUCCCAGGCGAUUCGGAUGGCCGAACAGAUCGCAUCGGCCUGCGCCAGCUUCCUGUCGGAGACCGCGGACGCGGCGACCUCCGCCUCGCCGUCCUGGAUGCGCCCAACGCCGUACAGGAGGCCGUCCCCUUCGCCGCCGCCGGCAAAGACAUGGCAAGAAGUACUGGACAUGUUCACGGACCUGGGGAAGAGCCUGGCAACCGACGAGCGGCUAGCCGGGCACGCGCAGAAGGUGGAGGCCAUGAAGGAGGGGCUGUACCAGAUACGCGACAUCAUUGUCGAGAGGGACAUCGCCUUCAAGGAGGCGCGCCACCAGGACUGCCUGGUGCAGAGGAAUCUGUCCAAGAACCUGGGGCACUCGUCCCGGGACCUCUACACGCUGCUGCUCUUCUACCUCUACGGCACUGUCCGGGACAUCGAGGUGCAUAUCGGCAAAUGCCUGUCCGGCAAGGAAGGCAAGAAUGUCACCAUACACGCCGUGAAAUUCCUCGUCGACGGCGAUGAACUCGCGGUCCGGAGCGGCAUCAAGCAGCUGAGCCGCGCUCUCCGUGUCUUCAGCUUUGUCUGGGAAGCAGCAAAUACUGACACUGGGACUAGCAACGAUAUCGUCGUCAAGAAAGGUGAGGGUGCCAAGGGAGUACUGAAGCUGCAAGGGCAUCUGUGGGGCCUUGGUGUUGAGGAGAAGACGGUGACAUACAGAGGGGAUGUUUUCAAAGUGCAUCAGAUAAAGCUGCCCUGAUUUUCUCCAAAUUCGUAACACCUUAUCUGUAAAUCACCGAGCUUCUGAAGAUUAGUAGAAACCUGUAUUCAUUCAAAACUGAUCAUACGAGGGACACAGCAAAUACAGGUACAGCCUGAAAUGCCAUUCUCUCUUUUUCUGAACAAAAAUGCUAUUGUUUUUCACUA